AUGGCUGCCGCCUUGAAAGUGACCCUGAAGCUCCUAGUCGACAAGAAGAGCCACAAAGUACUGUUUGGAGAAGCAGGCAAAGAGUUUGUUGAUUUCCUCUUCACCAUCCUCUCACUCCCUCUAGGCACCGUGACACGCCUCUUCUCCAAGAAGUACUAUGCUAUUCAUCCCAACAACUUGUACCAGAGCAUUGAAGAUCUAAACGACACAUUCAUCCAGCCAACCCUAAACAAACACACCAUUCUGAACCCAGAAACCCCAACAACUGGCAGCACCCUUUUGCUAUCCGACGAUGGAUCUACGCCAACUAGAAAGUUCUAUACGUGCCAAUACUCCCACAGGGUGGUGACUUUUGACCCACUAGCCAUGUGUCCGAAAUGUUCCUCGACCUCGAGAAUGCAGUAUGCAGUGGAGCUUGUUGCCUCGCCUGCUAAGAAUAAUGAAGCGGGUUGGAGUGGUGAAGAAGUAGGUGGGUUUCUGAAAGGGGUGGUGACUUACAUGGUUAUGGACGACUUGGAGGUCAAACCCAUGUCAACGAUCUCCAGUAUCACUCUGCUGAACAAGUUCAACAUUCAAGAAGUUGGUGCUCUGGAGGAGAUAUUCAUCGAGAUUGGGAUGGAUGAGGUGACCGACCCUUUUCGAUACCUUAAUAUUGGUUGA